AUGCCUGCCGAGGCUGUCAAGGAGCUGGGCAACAUCAGCCGACACAGCUACAAACCCUACCUGGCAAACACUGGACAUCUACAACAGCGUGACAGACAAGGAUCCUCGUCUUCAUCCUCCCCAAUCUCCCCCUCUCCAUCUUCCUCAUCCUCUUCCUCCCCCUCUAACUUCUCUUCUUCCUUCUCCUCCACCUCCUCCUUCCUGGUGUUUGCGUCUUCAACAAACAGACCCCGAACGUAUAAAACCUCGGAGAGCUUCCUGACCUGCAGUAACUACUUUGAGGGCGUGUCCACGGUGAUGAGGUUGACCGGUAGCCAGCGGAACCCCUCCCCCCAGCCUACAGACGACCUCCCAGAGCUCCUGAGCCAGCUGGGUCUGAGGAAGUACAUCAACGUGUUCCAACAGCAAGAGAUUGACUUCCAGACCUUUCUGACUCUGUCUGACGAGGAUCUGAAAGAGGUGGGAGUGUCCAUGUUUGGAGCGAGAAGGACAAUGCUUUUUUCCAUCUCAGGCGAUUGAUCGCAAAAAACACCAUAUACAUCCAACCCACUUUUCCCUGAGGCUUACAUGUGAUGUAUAGAACAUCUCUCUCUCUCCAUCCAUCCAGACCUGAACAAAAGCAAGAGGAAACUGUCAGAAAUGCCCGCUGUGAAGCCAGGCUACCUGGUAGGCGGGGCUAGUGACCAGCUCCCACGAAUCAUGGAUGAGGACACAGCGGCUUAGUGCAACCACUGGUGAACCCCACACAACAUUACCCAACCUGGGUAGAACUGCCUGUAAGAACAGGUGUAAGAUCAGAUUGGCUUUCACAUAUCCUAGCCUUGGUGUUAAACCCAACAUUGACCUUAGAUCAGUGUCUACACUGUGUUGUGAAGUCCACUGUUAACUACAUACUGUAUAUGCAUUGUACAUAAACAUACAAGGGUAAAUGAGAAUGAUUAUUACAUUUUUCCAAUAACUUG